AUGGUUAUCAAUGCCGGCGACACGGUGCUGGUGCUCCAUGGCUCGCUGCUGCUGGACGCCGAGGUGAAGGAGAUUGAAUACCUAUCGCAACCUGACCGACCGGAGGAGUGGGUGGCACGCGACCGAUUCUGCGGUCCCAAGCGGCUCGAUGCGAUGGCUGCCUGGAUGAACACAGUGGACGACGCACUCGUCCGUCUGGACAAGGACGUGAAAGAUCUCAUCCAACACCAGGCCAACCAAGCAGCGCAUUUGCUAGAGCUGGAGCGAAGGAAGAAGGAAGCGCUUGAGGAGAAGGCUGAGCUGGAAGCCGCUGUUCUGACGGAGUUGAAGAGAGUGAGAGUAGCUGAGGAGACGGCGCUGGCGCGAAAAAGACUGCAAGACGCAGGAGUAGAUCAGGAAGAAAUCGACGCUAUCCUACCUGUAAUACCUCACACGGCCUAA